GCCCUUGCAGUGCUAUGCGCCAUGGUCGUAGCCAUGGCCCAUUCCACCCUUGCCCAGAACUCCCACCAAGACUACGUGGACGCCCACAACAAAGCACGGCAGGAGGAGCCGGGCGUGGGUCCGGUGAGCUGGAACUACGCCAACAAACGGAAACGCGACUGCUACCUCGAGCACUCGUACGGGCCCUACGGCGAGAACCUCUUCUCGGGCUGGGGGAAGGAGUUCACGGCGGCCGACGCCGUGGAGGCGUGGGUCUCGGAGAAGGACUGGUACGACUACUACACCAACACGUGCGACCGAAGGGGAGUGUGCGAGCACUACACGCAGGUGGUCUGGCGGAACUCGACCCAAAUCGGGUGCGCUCGGGUUAAGUGUCCCAGGGGUGACGUCUUUAUCACCUGCAACUACUACCCACCGGGCAAUGUCCCGGGGGAGCGCCCCUUCAGCAAGGAAGCUUUGGCAUGGCAUGCGCAAUGA